GGCCGGUGCACCCGGCGGAGAAGUCGUGGACGACUUGCUGCGCUAAAGGCGAUUUCCCACGGUCCAGCGCGCUCUCCUACUUCCCAGUUCCGACCGUUAAACGGAGCUAGAGAGUCCGUUCUGGAGCGUACCAGGUUGACCCAGACAGUGGCCGAGGGUCGCGCCUGGAUCUCAGCUGGGUGGGCAAAAGUGGCCACAACUCAUUAGUGGAACGAGGUCCGUUUUUGCGAGAAUUUCGUCGAACGAUGGCGGCUGUUCUGCCCCGUUCCCGGGGAGUUCUCCCCGUCCUGUCUCUGCUUGUUUUCUUUGUCGUCGGCUGCUGGCUCUGUGCGAACGCGGUCGAGGAACUCGAUGGCGAGGGCACCCAGCAGCUCCGUGUGCGUCCCGUGGACUCGCGCCUGCUGUCUUCGAGCGGAUGGCGCAAACUGCGGAAAGGGCUUCUCGAUUUGCUGAAAAAGGAAAGUGCCAAGCGCGAAUGGAUCCCCAUUCACGUCCAUAAAGUUCCAGAGGGAGCAUCCGAUGCCGAGACAACUCUCCCGCCGUCGUCGUUGGGUUUCUUCGGAAGGCUCUUUGGCCGCAACCCCGUCGAGGAUGACCUUGCAUUGUCCGCUCUCGGGACCAGUCUGCCUCGAGGCCUAAACGCAGCGCUGGAAAUAUACACGCAACCUGACGGGGAGCUGGAGUGCAGAAAGUCCCCCUGGGUCCUGCCCGUAGUUGUCGAGGAAGUCCGCAAGCGCGCCAGCGCGGAAGGGGUCCCGUUCUUUGAGGCGGCAGUGAGCUACGGCUACGAGGACGCGAACGACACCAUUGCCGCGAAUCUGCCUAUCGUCUUUCCCCUCACUCCCAACAACCAAAUCCUCAAAAACGGACUCCCUGACGUCGAGCCCCAGGUCGGACUCGAUGCCACCAUUUUGUGCAAGGAAGACGGACGACCGCCGCUGUUCGUUACAGACCAAGAUGAGAACUCGGACAUGCCUGAGCUGCAGCCAGGCCCGUGGACUGUCUCCGUGUUUGUGAGGUCGAAGGUGAAUCCUCUGGUGCCGUAUGGCCGAUCGUACUUCUUGGAAGUCCUCGACAACGUCGUUGUGACCAUGCCCCCGGAGCGCAUCAUCCCCUUUCCACUUCCUGCCAGCGUGUCGCUCGACACCCUUCUGCAACUUGAACUCGCUGUGGCUGCGGCUCAGCUCUUUACGGAGCCUCGGUCCGAAGACUCUAUGCGGCUGGCCAUGCCAGCUCGCUGUACAAUUCAUCGGGACGCCUCGUACCUGGACGCUGCCACGCUCGACUGUCCCCUGUGGCACAUGCAAGCGCACACGAAAAAACCAUCAGCUGUGAGGACCGCCGCGAAGAUCGGAGGCUCCCUCGUCGGCGUAGGACUGGCAAGAAACCUAAUUCUCCCUCGUAGGGAUACGACGGCAUUCAACCAGCUGGUGACCCUCAACCGCAGUGAUGACGCUGAGUCCGCAGGAGUGGUGAAUUUGAAUACCGCUUGGCCACAUCCUGCGAGUGCCGCCGAGAAACUGGCUCUGAGCAGGCUGUCGGAAAAGGCGCUAAAUGCGUUCGCAGCGAACGAAUCUAACGCAAAGAGUCCUUUCACCCUUAGCGCGGACGGCGACACGCUCGACGUGUCUGUUGACGUGAACAAACUCAGCGCAAAAGAAAAGAAGGGCGUGGAAAAUCUCCCGACUGACUCGGACGGCCGUCUACAGUUCAGCCUUAACGGCCGUCCCGCCGGCGACGCAGUCGGAAAUGCAGACGCUGCCGUCGGCCCUGCUCUCCGCGUUGUCCACAACAUAUACCGCGCGACAGUAACGAAUCCGUACGAAAACGCAAAGAACGAGCUCAUGAAGAACGUCGCACUUGGUCUAGCGUUCGCGGUCCUCUUCCACAGCGGAAUGCGACUGUGGAGCUGGUGGCAGGACGACAAAACCACGCGGCACAAACUGGCGCUGAUAGAAGCUGCGCGAAGCGCACAACACUUUGAACCAAAGUACCUCGUCAAACCAGCUCAAGCAACCGAUGUGCUCGCGGAAAUUGUCCCAGACGACAUUCGAAGUUAACUGCAGAAUUAUUUGAGUGAGGGGCAUUCGACGGACUCAAUUCGGGAGUCGAAACUCUGGAUGCGGGCACUGACAAAGCGCAUUCCACCCUGCGCUCUUUCAAUUCACCGAAAUCGACCACUGAAUCACUCGAGUCAGUUAUUCAGCUCCAGCUUAGUUGUCUCGCCCCUCUGGCUGCAACUGAUCGACCAGGGAAGCAGCGAAACAUUCUCCAAAAACAGACACAGAAGAAUACACGCCAGCGAAAUACUCUUAGAACAAGAGGCACAACAAAGCUGACGAGUGCUUCAACCUGUAUACACACCAGGCGGGCAUCUAGACGACACAACUAGAGCGGCAGAAACCUUUAUGAACGGAAACGAUUGGAUACAUGCCUUUCAACAGGUGGUUUGAUGACGGUUUUGCCGAAUUGCAAUAGGCUGGCGAGCCCCGUGGAAGGCACUGGAGCAGAACUAUUUUUCUUAGCGGAAUGCGGACGCAAAUCUCUCGUGAACAGACCGAUGGAUUGACGCAUAUGCGCUUCGUCGGUCUUUGAGCUCCGCAGUUGCACUUGCUGACCUCGGAUUUCUGGCGAACUUUGUGACUUCGGCGUUUGUUUUAAGCAUUUUCUAGCACGAUGUAGUAGCUACAUGUGCUGUUGUAAAGUGGGCAACCAACAACAACGUUUUCUUGUGAGUAAAGCGGGACCCACGUGUGAAACGGACUAUGAGCC